CACUCGCCCGCCCAGGAAUUAUUUAGUGUAGAACCGCCACUGGUCGUAGUCAAUGGGUUGUUGGGCUUCGUGCUGCGGGGCAGGGACACAGCUGUCUGAUGACCAGAACCCGGACAGUGAACGCCUCGUUCGGCUGUUCAAGAUGCUCCAGAACAACCCGAAAGACAGAAACUGCGAUAUCCGGGACGCCAUGAAUAAACACGCAAUUGAAGUUCUAAUAUUCAGUCUUCUUGUGUUUUAGGUACGUUUGGAGGACAAACAAACAGUUGGAAAAAUGAAAACUUUAAAGACUUUAAAGGGAGCGAGUUGCAUUCAAGAGCGCCACUUUCGCCUCUGCAUUGUUUCGCGUGUGAUGCGUUCAGGAUCCUCGUGAUUUCUGCUGCUCCUCCUCAGCGUCGUCUCUUCUCCACCGGCAGCAGCAUCCAUUAAGGGUCACUGUACUCUCAUCAGCCUCUUCUGACCCCGAUUCACGUUUUUCCACCAGGAUGCCGUGGUGGAGACGCAGCGAGCGCCUGUCAGGACUCGCGGACGCCAAGCUCCCCGUUUUCUCCCCGUCCUUCCAAGCGUGACUUGAAGGCAGCGGAGCGGCGAUGUGAGCACCAGGAGACAAUCGUCGAUGGUCUGGCUGAAGCUAGCGCGCUAAGGUUAGCCGGGCCCGAUCUCGGUGGGUGUUUCCCUCCCCUCGCCGUUCUCCCGUGAAUCCCCCCGAAGGCCUCUCCGCGGAUGUGAAGACAUGCCCGAGCUUUCCAGGGGCUUUCUCCCAGGCAUGAAGCCUCCUGGCGGCGUAGCCCCCCGGCCGUGAAGCAUCCGCAGUCAUUUUGUCCCCUCCGCGAAGAUGAUGCUGGCGGAGGAGCGGGUCUGACCGGGACUAGCUGGACGCUCUCUCCGUGAAGGCCAUGAUACCGAGAGAAUGAUAAUGCUGGAAAAACAGAGCUCGACACAGGAGAUCGGAGAGGAAACUGAGGAGGACGCUGUCUUCACCAUCACACUGAGGAAGGUGCAACUUCACCAGUCUGCCAACAAGGGGCAGCGCUGGUUGGGUGUGGAGACGGACUCUGCCCUGAGCCUCUACGAGACCUGCAAGGUGCGAACAAUCAAGGCCGGCACACUAGAGAGGCUGGUGGAGUAUAUGGUGUCGGCCUUCAGGGGCAAAGACUCUACCUACGUCACUAUCUUCCUGUGCACCUACCGCACCUUUGCGACUACCAGACAAGUGCUGGACCUCCUGCUCCACAGAUAUGCCAAACUUCCAAAUGUGCCUGCUGGCCCUGCACACAGAGCAUCCCAGGACAACUGCACAGAGCUCAGAAAUACCAUUUCAUCCAUUCUGGGCGCAUGGCUGGACCAGUACUCGGAGGACUUCUGGACCCCUCCAAACCACGAAUGUCUACACCAGCUCCUCUCCUACCUGCACCUCCAUUUUCCUGGCUCUGACCUGGAGCGCCGUGCUCGCAACCUGCUGGCCCACUUCCAGCGCCGACAGCAGUGUGAACCUGAUUCUGAUGGGGAGCACAUGGGCUGCCCUUUUGCCACGCAGGAAGAGAGUGGCUUUGAGGACGAGCUUCCUGCUUUCAGUUUCCUGUCCUUUGACCCCAUCAUGGUAGCAGAGCAGUUCACUCUCAUGGAUGCAGACCUCUUUAAGAAGGUGGUGCCCUAUCACUGCCUUGGUGGAAUCUGGUCUCAGCGGGAUAAGAAGGGGAAGGAGCACCUGGCCCCCACCAUCAGAGCCACUGUGGCCCAGUUCAAUGCUGUCACCAACUGUGUUAUCGCCACCUGUCUGAACAACCCUUCGCUGAAGGCCAGCCAAAGAGCCAGGCUGCUGGAGCGGUGGAUCGAUGUGGCGCGGGAGUGCCGCAUCCUGAAGAACUUCUCCUCCUUACGGGCCAUCCUCUCCGCUCUGCAGUGCAAUGCUAUCCACAGACUGAAGAGGACCUGGGAGGAGGUGUCAAGGGAGAGUUUUCGAACUUUUCGUGAGCUCUCAGAAAUCUUCUCCGAUGACAACAACUACUCGAUCAGCCGUGAACUGCUGGUGAAGGAAGGAACCUCCAAAUUUGCAACUUUAGAAAUCAACCCCAAACGAGCACAGAGGAGACACCAGCAGCAGAGAGACCUGGGGGUAAUGCAGGGGACCAUUCCUUAUUUGGGAACCUUCUUGACGGACUUGGUGAUGAUGGACACGGCCAUGAAGGAUUACACUGAGGGUGGUCUGAUCAACUUUGAGAAGAGAAGAAAGGAAUUUGAGGUGAUUGCUCAGAUCAAACUGCUUCAGCUGGCUUCCAACAACUACAGCUUCACUCAGGACAGCCACUUCAGAGAGUGGUUCGCCAGUGCAGAGAAGCUCAGCGAGGCAGAAAGCUACAUGCUGUCUUGUGAAAUUGAGCCUUUGUCGGAGUCGGCCUGCAAUACACUGAGAGGCAAAAAGAAUGGAGGAAUCAUGAAGCGGUGGAGCGACCGGCAGCUAACAGAGGCCAGCUGCAGCAGCAACAGCUCUCACUCAAAGUCCUUUGACCACUCACACUACAGGCCGUGUCACGGAGGGGAUGGCGGCGAUGCACUCAGCGUCACCUCAGUCAGCUCCAGUGGCUCAGACCUGGAAGACGUUCACGUCAGCUUUCUGUCAGACUCACCGGAGGGGCAUGAGAGGAAGACAUCGACGCCAUCAGUCAAACUGACCAUCUCUGUUUUGGGAAAAGAAGCUCAUGCAGCAGACGCCACUUCCACGUUCUGGGAGUGCACCUCUCUGUCCUCCCUGGACACCUCUGGCUUGGGUUCCAGCUCUGGUUCUGGGUCAGGCUCCAGUAGUGCCUCCUCCUCUUCUGUGUCAUCCUCCACACCACUAUCAGCCUCCCGCUCCCACAAACGUUCUGUUUCGGCUGCAUCAACCUACUCAACUCUGUCCCUCCCACUGUACAACCAGCAGGUGGACGACUGCUGCAUUAUCAGGGUCAGCCUGGACGUGGAAAAUGGGAACAUGUACAAGAGUAUCCUGGUGACAAGUCAGGACAAAACUCCGGCGGUCAUCAGAAAGGCAAUGAUCAAACACAAUCUGGAGCGGGAGAGGGCCGAGGACUACGAGUUGAUGCAGAAGAUCUCUGAUGACAAAGAGCUUCGGAUUCCAGACAAUGCUAACGUCUUCUACGCAAUGAACUCCACUGCCAACUACGACUUUGUUCUAAAGAAGCGUGGCCCAGCUCGGCCCCUGCGAGCCAAAAACGUGUCCAGUUCCACACUGCCUCGCAUGAAACAGAAGGGACUGAAAAUUGCUAAAGGGAUUUUCUGAUGGCAUUGCUACUGCUACACCCCACCCCCCACCCGUCCACCACACCCCCUGCAGAAGAGAACAUUUUUGGAGAAAAGACUUCUCUAAAGCCUGACUUGUUCUGGGUGAAAGAGCAGCACUCCUACAGGAGCUUUUACAAACUGAGCUGGUUUCCGUGGCAACAAAACAUUACUCGUGGGAACAAAAUUCUUUGUUGCGCACUGCCACAACGAAGCACCACUUUUAGGGAAGCAUCUGGCUUUCUUUUUCAUGGCAUUUUGUUUACAUCCCCUGAUCUGCUCCCCUUCCCCCCUGAGAUCUCUGUGCUGCUUUCCUGAAGCUGCUGUCUUCACCUAAAAUCGUGCCCUUUGGCAGCACUCAUACUGGAAGUACAUGAAGGGGGCGGGACAUCCAGCUGUCAAGUGUACAGGCACUAAAUACCCCCCCAUCCACCACCACCACCACGUAAAGAGGUUGGACUGAAAGCAUUGAGGCAACUGAAAAGACAGAAACUGUAAAUAUCCACAUCUGUGCAGUCAAUGAGUGGACCACGUGACAUUGGCUUUUUCCACAAUUUAGUCUUUAGUUUGACCUUCUCCUCCUUUUCUUCUUUUUGUCUUCUGUUUCAAGCUGUGACCUGCCAUUUCGGAACAAACUCAGUCAACAUUUCUGUCCUUCAGUGGAAAAGUCUUGGAUCGUAGAUUUGCUCAGAAAAGAGAAUAUAGACUUUUUUUUUUUUCUCAUAUGAGCUUGAUUAUAGAUUUAAUCAGUACUGGGUUGUUGGAAAUGUAGUUUGAAAUAAUUCCUGAUGAAAACUUUAGAAAGAUAUAAAUCAUAGAAAGUCAUAUAAUAAAAAUAUCUUAGAAACACUUCAGAUUUUUCAGCUGAUACUUUUACAAAAAAAUUGACAAAAAUCUUCUUUUAUUUUCAUAAAACCACAAACUUUGUUGAAAACCUUUUGGAAACAAAUUUUCAUAAACGUUUAGAUAUCCUGUUUGACUAAUCAUUCAUUUAAUCUGAAUGUUUAUACAUUUUCCAGUUUAUUCUAAACAUUUAGAAUUUAUCUAACUCAAAUAAUAUUCAGUCAUUGUCAUGAAAUGAAUAUAAAUAAUCAGUUUCAUCUAGCUGCUAUUUUUCAGCCUCCUCUACAGUGUUUUCUUUGAUCAGUUUCCAAUAUUGCAGCUUGUUCAUCCAACAGGGGCAUUUUGGUGGUGUUUGAGAUGGUUACCUGUGAUGGGCAGUAAUGACAGCGAUUUGGGAAGGGGUCUGUGAUGAGCGCUUCUGGCAAGUAUUUGUUACGGGCAUUCCAGAAGAGCUCAUCACAGACGGGCCCUUGUGAUGGGCGUUAGUGACAGGCGCUCUUCACAAAUGAUGCCCUUGGUUUUGGUGGGAACGGAUCUGGGACAAGUCUCUGUGACAGGCGUUUCUGAUAUUGAUGGUUGUGACGGGCAUUUGAAGUGGGGCUUAUGAUGGGCACUCGUGCUGGUGUUUUUUGAUGAGCAUGAAGCAUUUGUGACAGGUUUCUGGGAUGGGUCUUUGUGGGGGGUGUCUGAAACAGUCAGGAAAUUAAUUGAAACAGUCAUGAUGGACAAGUGGCUCUUGUCCUCUUUCCAUAGAAAAUAUUUAAUAUUUCUUACUGAGAGCCCCCUAGUCCGGAAAAUAAAUAAUGAUAGAGCUUUUAAUAACUGGUGGUGUGUUGUCUGGACCUUUGUUGAACACUGUGAACCCCAGCCCUUUUCUAUGCUGGUAAGUUACAGUUGUGCUAGUUUACAUACCCAAAGAAGAAAUUGAGAUUUCCUGGUCAUUGUUCAUAAAAUAUGAAUGAUAACACAACAACGUUUUCUCCGCUCAUAGUUGGUGGUUGGGUGAAACCAUUUAUUGUCAACAAAUUCUGUUUACUCUGUUUGAAUCCUAAUGAAAACAGAAACUUCCUAAAUUACCCUGGUCAAAAGUUGACAUAGGCCAGUGUUUAAUACCUUGUAAAUUCUCAUUUUGCAUCCAUAACAGCUUAAAGUCUCUCGUGGUCGUUCUGGAUGAGGUUCUUUCUUUUCUUUAAUCCUAUUCUUCUUGGCAGAAACCCUCCAGUUCUUUUAAAUUCUUCUUACAGUGCUUGAACGGCCUGUUUGAGAUCUCCCGAGAGCGGCACAUUAAUACUGAGAUCAGGAGACGGAGAUGGCUACUUCAGAUGCUUCACCUUAUUCUGUUGAAACCAACGACAGGUGGACUUGGCCUUGUGUUUUGGAUCCUAGUCAUGUUGAAAUGUGCAACUGCGUUCCGUGCGCAGCCUCUGAUCUCUGUUUCACAGUAGGAAUAGUCUUCUUAUUAUCAUAGCCUUGUUGACUCCUCUUCAAUUGUAGUGUUUAUAGUUGUGGUCAAAAAGGUCAGUCUUGGACUCAUCACUCCUAAUGACUUUGGUCCAGAAGUUUGGAGACAUGUCUCUGUUUUGUUUGUUGUUUUGUUUUGGCAUUUGUGUAAAAAGUCUUUCCUCUGGCGACGCGACCAUGUAGCCCAUUUUUCUUCAGGUGCCCCCUUAUUGUCCAUCUGGAAACAUCCACACCUCGAUUUUUUUAGAGUCCUGGAUCACAAAUGAAGUUAUUUGUGUGUUUUUCCUGGAACCCCUAAGGAUUUUCUGGCAGAAAUGUUUGUGACCGUGGUUUGGUUUCAACAGAAACUUCACUUCUCUUUCUACUUCUUCAUCAAAGUUUGAACACUGCUGACUGGCAUUCUCAGUUCCUUGGAUAUCUUUUUCUAUCCCUUUCCUGUUUUGUACAGCUCAGUUACCUUUUCCCAUAGAUCUGUUGACAUCUCUUUAGCUUUCCCAAGGAUCCAGAAAUGUCAGUGCAGCACUGAAGGAUCCAAGGGUUGUGCUGGGAGUCCAGAAACUCCAAGACCUUUUGGGCACACUGAUUACAGAUAGAUGAGACACAGGUGAGAUUGGUUACCUUGAGUUGUCAAUCAAAGCCUUUUUGGAUCAGCUUGUGUGCAUUUUUUCAGAACAAAGUCAUCAAGGUAUGUAAACUUUUGAACAGGAUCAAUUGAGAUUUAAAAGGGGGAAACUGAACUUUUUUGACAAUAAAUGGUUUCACCCAACCACCAACUGUGGAAAAAAGUUUUUGGGUUAUCAUUCAUAAUAUAUGGAAAAUGACCAAGAAAUCAUCAUUUCUUCCAGGGUCUGUAAACUUAUGAGCACAAUUGUUUGUAUCUCACACUGUGAACUGAAAUGUCACUUCUUGCCCGAACACCCAACUGAAGCUCAAUCUGUUUGUGAUGUAGAAAGACCUGACUACCAUUUGCCAGACAUCUGAAAGAAAUAAUCUUUUCUUUUUAGAUGCUUGGCCUAUUUAUGGGGUGUUGUUCUUGGUGUAUUUUCUGGAAAUGACACGGGGGCACUCUAAAGGAAAUAUAUUUCCAGCUGCAGAUAAAACUAAAAAUGAUUAUUCUUCCUACUUUUCUUCAGUGCUCCAACCACACAAAUCUGUUGAGUUUUUUCAUGCCAACAAGUUUCAGUUCUUCCAUCAUUUUAUGUGUGCUUUAUAUAUUCUCUCUGCUCUAAUGUCAGGAGUUACUCCUUUUCACCAGGACCUUAAAUUCCUCAGAGAAGAACAGAUUUCAGACUCCUCUCCAAGUUGGUUGACAAACACUGCAGCUUCUGACAUUUAAACAUCAUACUAAUUGAAUGUGGCAAACAUGCUUUCUGUUAUGUUGGAACUGAUAUUUUUCUAGAAGGGAACCUGCCCUGCCCUUACAGUUUCUCCUCCAGCUUCAUUUCAACACUGAUAAACUCUUAAAGGUUUUAACCCGGGGGGGGCUAACUAAAUGCUGUGGGGCUGUGACUUUGUUAACCCUUGUGCUAUCAUAUGACCCCGCCCGUACAUUGACGUGUUCUCCCUACAAUGACAAAGGUGGAUAAAGGUUAAAGGAUUUCAUGUAAUCCAUGGACACCAGUGAAGAUCACAAAUCAUUGAAGAAAAAAGGUUCAGAGCACUGUCUAGUGGGUCUAGAUGACCCAACUCCCAAUGUUAAAGUGCUUAGGAUAGCACAAGGGUUAAAUUGACAUACAGUUGUCUGGACUUGCUUGUGUACCAUGCCUGUUUUUCAGUAAGGGAAUUCCCCCCUUUCAAAUUUAAAGUGUGUUUUUUUUCUGGAGAACAUUACAGACAACAGGUCUGUGGAAAAACUGUUUUGGCUGUUUAUUUAUUGAUUUGUACAUACAAUGACGUUUUGCAUUGUACAUUCUCUUCUCUUUUGGUUAUAGAUUAAUAUAUUCAUGUAUAUAUGAAUAAACAUCAAAUUUAUUUAAAAAA